AUUCGUUUUUCAAAGAAACUGUGAUGAACCUCUUAGUUUUCGCCCCAGCGUGGGCUUUCCAGCUUGGUGCAUUGGGUUUUUAUACAGACAGAGUGCCAGUGUUUGUCAUGUUGGAAGAUUCAGUCACUCUAAACACAAAUGUUAAAACAAACCAACAAGAAAAGAUUAAAUGGUUUUUCAACCACACUCGCAUCGCUCAAAUCAGUGAUUAUCUCAGUAAGACCUGUACAGAUGUUCAGUGUAAUGAAGGUACUGAAAGAUUCAAAGACCGACUGAAGCUGGAUCAUCAGACCGGAUCUCUGACCAUCACAAACAUCAGAACCACAGACCCUGGACUGUAUAAACUACAGAUCAUCAGCAGUAACAGCAUCAGUGAAAAGAUCUUUAGUAUCACUAUUCAUGAUGUUCCUGGCGUAGAGACCGAUAAAACGAAGGCCAAGUCAGUGAUGGAGGGAGAAACUGUCACUUUUGAUCCUGGUGUCAUAAACAACCCAAAUUAUUUGAUGAGAUGGUAUUUUAAUGACAGUCUCAUCACUGAAAUCACUGGAGAUCAGAGUAAGAUCUGUACAGAUGCUGAUGAGAGAUUCAGAGACAGACUGCAGCUGGAUCAUCAGACUGAAUCUCUGAUCAUCACAAACACCAGAACCACAGACUCUGGAGAUUAUCAUCUUGAGAUCAUCACCAACAGCAGCAGCAUCCGUCGUCAGUACAGCAUCAGAAUUAUCAGCGAACAGAGCCAUAGUGAGACUGUCACAAACUGGAUUGUGCUUGUACUUGGUAUAGCAGGAGCAUGUGUUGGUGUUCUGCUGGUGUUUGCAGGUGUAACUGGAGAGUGUUGUAGAAAACGUGCCUUGCAAAGGGUGUCCUGUAUCGCUCGCUAAAUCAUCAAACGACUGGC